AUGUCUGCUCCCCAGGACAACUUCCAGGAAGAGGGCAGUGCCCCAGCCCAGAAUGACUAUCAGUCUCGAACGGGCCAGAAGGAUCAUAUCCCGGUGCAGAGCGACGAAGCCAAUGUCGAGGAUCCUAUCGAUGCCGAGACUGCUGACUCUGAUGCGCAACUCGAGCGCGACGACGCCGACGCCAUUGAUACCAGCAACAUUGUUGAUGAGCGUACCCGUGGCGCAACAAAGUCGUACAGAGAGCCUGGUGAUGAUGAGGGCCUCGGUGAUCCAGAAGAUGGUCGCAGCCGUGUCGCCGGUGGACCCAACUAA